CUGUAGCCUGUUUGUAUGUGAAAUAACUAAACCAAUUCAAGCUACAAGAUAAAGUAAAUUUGUGUACCUAGAUAUUGCUCUUCUUCUACGAGCAAUUACAUCCUAUCAAAAAGGUGGGCGCAACUCUUUAUCAGAAAUUUACUUCGUAAGUGGUAGGGGCAUUUGCAGAGCAGUUAAAAGGGAUUACCCGCGAGAAAAUAUUACAGUCUCUUACGCGACUUAACAAUGAGCGCGAGAGAUAAUCUACGAAAAUCAACAGGCCAAGAAUACUCACGGGUGGCCUGUCUUGGUAACUUUGCCAUUUUACAAGAUUACUUGUCCGAAAAAGAAAGUUUCAUUUGGAAUAUAUUUUACUUACUGGACGUGCUUCUACGAGGUUUCAGUCAAGUAAUACUUACAAAUAAUCCAAUCAGCGGAUUAUUGGUAAUCAUUUCUUUAGGAGUGUCUGCUCCUGGUGAAUUAAUUUUUUCAUCAUGCGCUGGCUUUUUAGGAUUGCUGCUUUCAAUGUUAAUACGAGAUUCGCAGGAUGAUAUUGCGAACGGUUUAACGGUGUACAAUUCGGUGUUAGUUGGUGCUGUUUCCUACGUUUUGAUACCGACAUUUUAUGGAGCCUUUGAUACUUUUAGUAUUCUUAUGACGAUUCUGGCAGUAAUAUUCUGCGUUUAUAUCAGACGAGCCUUGAGCACCAACAAGUUGCCAUACACAGCAUGGCCACUUAAUCUGGCCGAAUUUACGUUGCUGUUUGUCCUUUAUACGGAAAACAAUGGAUUUGGCACAAUAGAGAAACUACAACCAAUCAUGGGAAUGGACAAUGCAACAAGUGAUGCGACGACAGGCAAUGUCAGUUUCAUUGGAGAAAAUGCAACGAGGGCCCAUAUUGACUGGGGGAUGGUGUUUCACGGGAUUAUAGUGUCAGCGUCGCAGGUGCUAGUGGUUGAAAGCGUUAUCACAGGAUCCAUCGUCUAUUUAGCUGCUCUACUUUUUUCACCGAUAACGGCUAGCUUCGCUUUUUUGGGAGCUUUUAUCGGUACAUUGGCAGGUUUGAUUCUCGGAGUAGAGAUCAAUGAAGUGUAUUCUGGAUUUUGGGGGUAUAAUACUUUCUUAACUGGAGCUGCUUUAGGAGGAAAUCUUUUAGUGAUUAAUGGGCAAACAGGUGUAGCUACAAUUGUAGCGAUUAUGUUCACUGUGGUCGUACAGUAUUUUCUACUGUUUUUCUUUAGAAAUCUGAAAAUACCGGUACUAUCACUACCGUUCGUCCUGGUGUCCUCUUUAUUCAUGAAAUUAUGCGACAAUCCUGGGGAUAAAACCUUUCCACGACCACCAUCUGCUUCUUUUCCAGAAAAACAACGCCGGGAUUACAUUGCCACCCAGUGUGUGCUUAUUCAGCAAACAGAUGAAGCAGACGAAUCCGGAGACGAAAAAAAUCAAAAGGAUUUCUCAAUGCUGAACGUUUAAAAAAUAAGAUAAUGAAUCUGCACUUUUAACUUGUAAUUGAAAAGACAAAUAUUGUGUUCAUUAAUAUGUAUAAAAAUUGUAUACACCUUUUAAUAUUUAUAAUUUCAAAUAAUAAUUAAUUAUAACCCGA